GACCCUGUUGCGGACUCCUCGGUGCCAUCUAAGGGAGGUGCCGAGGACUUAAAGGAUCGCAGAUUCAGGGGAGGUAAUAGGGUUUUGGUACUUUGAAGGACAUCAGGUACAUUUACAACUUGUACAGUCUGGCAGGUGUUGAGGUCGAGGAAGUGAAACUUUCUGAUUGGGCGGCAUCCUUGAUGAUCGCGUGCACUGCAGCGAUGGGCGCCAGAUUCUCUCUCGUUUCGUCAAUCGAUUUGUGUGAAGUGGUAACUUGAAGUUCGACGCCGCAGAUUGGGUUGGAAUCUAAGAAGAUUUGGACGGAGAUUAGAGUUUUCGGGUGUUGUGGGCGAGUUUAUAGCGUUGGUGGAGGUGGGAGGGAUGCGAAGGGGGGGAGUCGAGGUUCUAGAAUGACGGAGGGGCGUAGCUUUAGGGCCGCCCGAAAAGUAAGGUUGGACUAUCAUCGUUGAACUCCCAUUCGUUGCCACACAAUCCCCUUGUGCCCCUCCCCGGCAAGGACAACAGGAGCCUUCGCCUCGGCCCUUCCCGCAUUUCAACGCCGAUGUCCACCCCCACCAGAUUUCACCCUCUGGCGUACAAGUUUCCGGCCGAUCCUACCUUCCUGUGCUCCCGCUUGCCAUCAGGUAGUACACAGACCACAGUGAUAGGAGUUAUUCUGAGAGCGAUAAAGAAUCUGCGAGAGAGCCAUUGAGGCAUGGGGAGGAAACCAUGCUGUGAGAAAGUCGGGCUGAGGAGAGGGCCAUGGACGUCCGAAGAGGAUCAGAAGCUAGUCUCUCACAUCACCAACAAUGGCCUCAGCUGCUGGCGAGCCAUCCCAAAACUUGCAGGACUACUGCGCUGUGGGAAAAGCUGUCGGCUCCGAUGGACUAACUACUUGAGGCCCGACCUCAAGCGAGGCAUAUUCAGCGAGGCAGAAGAGAAUCUGAUUCUUGAUCUACAUGCCACCUUGGGAAACAGGUGGUCUCGGAUUGCGGCGCAACUCCCAGGCCGCACGGAUAACGAAAUCAAGAACUAUUGGAACACGAGACUAAAGAAGAGGCUUCGCAGCCAGGGCCUUGAUCCCAACACACACUUGCCUUUGGAGGAUAGCAAGUUGGAUGACACCGAGGAUGACACUGAUGAUGAAGGCGGGGACUCCUCCGACGUUACUAUGAGCGACGCUUCUAAGUCCGAGAAGAGAUCCAAGAAAAAAUCGAAACCCAAGGAGACUGUCAAGGUUCGUCAACCCAAAGGUCCAAAGCCAGCCCCGCAGCUCAAGAUGUGUCAGAGUGAUGAAGGACCAGUGCUACUUAAGGUGCCUAAGGCUCCGAAAUCACCCAUUAGUGUAAACCCUGGACCGGGAUGCAAUUACGACGAUGACUCGGAACAUUCUUCCAGCAGCACGGUUACCACUAAGUCCCAUGAAGACCAUCGAGAUUCGAGUGAUUUUAUCAAGGCUCUCACCAGUGUGUCUUCUUUCCCUGAAGCUGAAUUAUGGAGUUGCAUCAAGCCGAUUACGAAUUCGUUCUCCUCAACUGCGUUGUUGAGCGAAUGGGACUCCUACCGUGCAUUCGACUCCUCUCUCUUCCCUAGUUCUUAUCCUCAGCUCAACUCAGGGCUUCCGAAACUUGAAGAUGUUAACAGCAAAUCAUCAGCAGUUGCAUCUCCGGUUCAAGGAAUGUUGCCUGCAUAUAAUCCCAUGGGAAUGGAGAUGCAGACGAGAAUGCAAUUCAGUUCCCAGCUGACUCAUGAGAUUGGGCAGAAUUACGGUGGGAUUUUCCAGGAGACAUGUUAUCCUCAACCAGACAUGGGGAUGUCAUGGAGUAUGCAUGCAGAGUUGAGCCACUGUGGGACGGAGUCCUUGUUCGCUACCCCCAAUCCCGCUAAUGCUCCUAGUAAUUUCGAAGAGGUGCCGCAGCCUUCUCCUUGCACUACGUCGCAGGAGCUGCAGAGACUGGCUGCCCUCUUGGAUCUUAUUUGAUUCUCGGGUAUAUGUGCUUAGAUUCGAACCUAAAUCUAGGCCGCGGCCUGGUUCGAGAGUGACUGCGGGCAUGUCCCGCCGAGAGUGAUAUUGCAGGUCUUCAUCUGCUCGAGAGUGUAGUUGUACAUGUUCCUGCUGCCAGAGAGUGAUUUUGCAGGUUUCUAUCUGCUGAGAGUGGUGCCUAUGCAGAUGAUCAUCUGCCGAGAGUGACAUACGACCUCACCGAAGCUAUGCAAUCACUCUAAUCCAUCCGGACGAAACAUGCUUGCUUACUGCGGAGACUUCGCUGCCUCGUCCGAAAGGCAGUCGGACAAAAUAGAUGCACCUUGUGUACCUCGACGUUCAGUCAUCGCACGCCUCGCUCAUCCGUCACAGUACCCCAUACCAAUGUCCUUAUCCACAUGGCGAUGACGAUGGCAAUUGCGACUGAAGUACAUUUAAGCAUCCGCAGGUCAUCGUGAUAGUGACCCAGAGCAUAUAUUUGCAUAUCAAUUACCACCACAACUCUGCGUGUAUUUUGAAGACAGAUUGUCUGGGUAGUAGUUAAAAGAAGCUUGCGCUUUCGCUGCAAGAUAACUUCCAGCCUUACCAGAGACAAGUUUUGAGGCAGAGAAUUGUGUAAAUUCUUUCACUAUGAAAGGAAACCGAAAGGUUACUGUGGAGUGUAGUUGUUGACGAGGAUGGUUUAGAGCGAUCCUGUGCUUAGCAACUCCUGAGAAUCUAAACUAAGAUGAAAUGCCCCAGCUUGCAACGCGCGUUCUCUUAGAUGUAAAUUCAAAUCACUUCUUUUUUGCAGUUUUUUGUUCAACGAUUACUUCGACUUAGUCUCUUUCUGCAGUUUUGCCUUUUAGACUUUCAGUUUGCACACCAUCUCAACGCUUGUAACAGACUGAUGUUUCUGUUUCUUUUAAAACAAUGACAAAUAUGGAGGCUUUGACACUUCCUGUAAUAAAUCUUUUUUCAUCAAA